CUCCCCGGUGCAGUAGUGACAGUGCACGGCCAGAAGCCAGUGACACGAGUAGAGACCACGGGCAUUCAGGGCAUUCACACACGGAGGCGAGCAGAGCCCGGCAGCGAGGGAGGAGAAGGAGGCUGCAGGAGGGAGGGGAAGAGGGAGCCGCCCCGGAGAAGGAGGGUGAGACGCAGAGGAAGAAGCAGAGAAGAGCUCGCCCCGGCUACUCUGACAGCCCGCAGCCCGCCCGAUGCGAGAUUGGUUCCCCUGGUAUUAUCAUGGCCACCCCCGCGACCUGCACCCGCUUUACGGAUGAGUACCAGCUGUACGAGGAGCUCGGCAAGGGUGCCUUUUCUGUAGUACGGAGAUGUGUGAAGAAAUCCUCCAGCCAGGAAUAUGCUGCAAAGAUCAUCAACACCAAGAAGUUGUCUGCCAGAGACCACCAGAAGCUCGAACGUGAGGCUCGCAUUUGCCGACUUCUGAAACAUCCCAAUAUUGUGCGUCUCCAUGAAAGUAUUUCAGAAGAAGGUUUUCACUAUCUUGUUUUUGACCUGGUCACAGGCGGAGAGCUGUUUGAAGACAUUGUAGCAAGAGAAUACUACAGUGAAGCAGAUGCUAGCCACUGUAUUCACCAGAUUCUGGAAAGCGUCAACCACAUUCACCAACAUGAUAUUGUGCACAGGGAUCUUAAGCCUGAAAACCUGUUGUUGGCUAGCAAAUGUAAGGGUGCUGCUGUGAAACUGGCAGAUUUUGGUCUUGCUAUUGAAGUUCAGGGAGACCAGCAAGCAUGGUUUGGCUUUGCUGGUACACCAGGUUACCUUUCCCCAGAGGUGUUAAGAAAAGACCCCUAUGGAAAACCAGUUGACAUAUGGGCUUGUGGGGUCAUUCUAUACAUAUUACUAGUGGGUUAUCCUCCAUUUUGGGAUGAAGAUCAACAUAAGCUUUACCAACAGAUCAAAGCUGGAGCAUAUGAUUUCCCUUCACCUGAGUGGGACACAGUCACCCCUGAAGCUAAGAAUUUAAUCAAUCAGAUGUUAACAAUAAAUCCUGCAAAACGCAUCACAGCAGAUCAGGCCUUGAAGCAUCCGUGGGUCUGCCAACGAUCAACAGUUGCCUCAAUGAUGCACAGACAAGAGACAGUGGAAUGUUUGAGGAAGUUCAAUGCCCGGAGAAAGCUUAAAGGUGCAAUUCUUACUACAAUGCUGGUAUCCCGAAAUUUUUCAGGUGCCGUUAACCGAAGAGAGAAAAAGGAAGACCCUACAGUUGGCAGGCAGAGCUCCGCCCCCGUUGCAGCUGCCACCAGUGCUGCCAACUUGGCUGAGCAAGCUGCCAAAAGUCUAUUAAACAAGAAGACAGAUGGAGUGAAGAAAAGGAAGUCAAGCUCCAGUGUGCAUUUAAUGCCGCAGACCAACAACAAAAACAGCAUAGUAAGCCCAGCAAAAGAAAACCCCCCAUUGCAGACAACAAUGGAACCUCAAACAACUGUUGUCCAUAAUGCAACAGAUGGAAUUAAAGGAUCAACUGAGAGUUGUAACACCACGACUGAAGAUGAAGACUUAAAAGCAUCGUAUCUCUGUUCUGGGGAUGGUCCUUUGAUGCUCCAAGAAUGGAGCCUAAGUGAAAGCAAAAUGCAGACUCAGUCCUUGCAGUCACAGUUUGGGCUUUGUGGGGCAACCACCAUACAGUCUUGUGAAGAGAAAGUCCUAGCCUGGGAAAGCCCAGGUCAAACUCUGGAAGUAGAGCAUGCUCAGACUGAGCCUCUACUCACUCCAGUUGUACCAUUUUCACUUAGCAGUUCGCUAUUGCGGAAACAGGAGAUUAUCAAGAUUACAGAGCAGCUGAUUGAAGCUAUCAAUAAUGGGGACUUUGAAGCUUACACGAAGAUCUGUGAUCCCGGCUUGACAUCAUUUGAACCAGAAGCCCUCGGCAACCUUGUGGAAGGCAUGGACUUUCAUAAAUUUUAUUUUGACAAUUUGUUGUCAAAGAAUACAAAGCCUAUCCAUACCACCAUCCUGAAUCCACAUGUGCAUGUCAUUGGGGAAGAUGCGGCUUGCAUCGCCUAUAUCCGACUUACCCAAUACAUUGAUGCCCAGGGGCGACCUCGUACCAUGCAGUCAGAAGAAACGCGGGUCUGGUACCGCAGGGAUGGCAAGUGGUUAAAUGUCCACUAUCAUUGCUCUGGGGCCCCAGCUGCCCCCCUCCAGUGAGGAACUAAUACAGCCCCUCCACUGGAAGAACCUCUUUCUAGCGAGCGAGUGAGGAUCGCCCAAACGACGGCAACAGUCCUGUUCGUUCGGAAGUUUUAAAAAAGAUAAAAAGUAAAAAAUUCAAAAAAAUAAAAAUAUUGAUGCCGGCAGUAGCCAAAAAUGCACGAAAACCCUGCAUGCAUUCUGAGGCUGAAGCAGCUGCUGGCUAAUUGUUGUAUUUCAUGGAUCCAUCGUGUCUGUUCCUGCUGUACGGAGGUGUUUUUAAAGUUUCAAAAUGAGCAAAAACUAGCAUAAAGCAUAUAUAUAUAUAUAUAUCUAUAUAUAUAUAUUGUUUGUUAAAGACCAGGCUGAGGAGUAUGUGGCUGUUUUUAGAUGGUGAGAAGAGAGAGAUGCCACCUCAGGCAGCGUCAUAUGAGGAAAUUAGAAAAGAAAUUCAUAUUGCAACAAAUAAGAGAUAAUAAUCUAGACCUGUUCGGUGGAGGAGCUGCUGUUGUAUCAUGUCAGGGCAGAGUUUGGGGUCUUUCAUUCUAUGAAGACUAGUGUGGUCUUCAUAUGUUGUGUGUUGACCUGCAAUGAUUCAUACUUUAGGGCCACCAAGAGGAGGUGUUGAUUUUUGUCUAUUUUGUAUUUUCUUUUUUUAUUAUAACUCUUGGAACCUUCCACGUACCGUUGGCUGACCUGCUCUUUUAUCUCUUAUGUAGCACUGAGCUGGAGAAGUCUUCAUCCGCCUGCUGGCUCCUAAGAACAGAAAAGGGUCAAUGUUGACAGGGGAAUAGAUAGGGAUUAAUCUUAAAGAAAUAGCAAGGUAUAUAAUACGUGAUACAAUGUACAUGCUGCAGACGGAACAUUUCAUUACUGCUACGUUGAUAUAAUUAAUUUAGUCUGAACUUUUUUGGAGGACAUAGACAUAAAAAUAGAAACUGCCAUGUUUUCAGAGGGGCUUAUGAUUGAAACCACUCCCCUGAUGGUAUACAUGUAAAAGGGGGUGAUAUAUUUUCACAGUGAUAAAGCUUUGUGUACUAUAGCAGCAGAUUCUGAAAUGAUCUGCUUGUACGUCAUGAGUGAUCUGUCAUGAGUGAUCCAAUACACUGAACUUGGAUGCGUAGAGAUGUAUGCAUGUCUUUUUAUGCUUGCCUACACCUUCUAAACUGUGUGGUCUGGUGGUCCCUCAUCUUCUUGCAAGCGGGUGAACAGUGUCUGUUUUAAAAUUUUCUUUUAAGAAAGCUUUUACGAUUUCUAUCCGCUUGUAAAAACCCUCUGCUUUUUCCUCUCAUAAACCGUGUCCUAAAGUGCUUUCUCCUCUUUCUGCAAACAUAUUAUCUAGACCCAAGGGUGUGCGCUUCGCAAAGCCAUACCGGGAAUAUCCUCCCUUGGGAGAAUUGACACUUCCGUUUAUUCUUACUAGUAGCGCUAACAAAUCAAAAUGUCAUCUAGAUUAAAUUGCAUAUCAGGAGUUUAUGAAUAUACAGAAAUGCACAAAUACUAUUUUUUUUGUUCUGAAAUGAGAAGAAUCUGUGACAGUCUAUUUGAUAAUGCAGACUGGUGUAGAAUGGCAAAAAAAAAAGUUUUCAUUAGGAUCGGUCGCCUUAAUUUAAAAACUUUAAUAAAUAAAAACCGGCAGACUGCUCAGAGAUUCAUUGGUGGUGAGGAAGUUGUCCAUAACUUGCCAUUUUUGCACAAUUUGAACUCUAGCUGUUUGGAUAGGUGCAUGUAAUGGUAUGUCGGCUCCACUUGUAAUACAUAUUACAUAGUACAUACAGUAUGUUGGACUUGAAAAAACUGUAUUUGUGGAAAUUUGCACAUGGGCUAAGCAUGUUCUCCAAAAUUCCUGAGAUGACCAGUGCAAGGUGUAUUAGAAAGAAACAAUCUAUUAGAUGGUUAUGUCAUUAAAUAAGAUGUUAUUAUUGAAGAUGAUAUGAGAAGGUAUGGCCUAAACUGUUUGAAAUGCUUGUGUGAAUUUAUAAGAGCACACGGGAGGGGGAUGGGUUGGGAUGGGCUUUUUUUUCAUGGUUUUGGGAGAAUGUUUCUUUUUUUUUUUCUUUUUCAACAGCUCUAAUGUUAACACAUUAGGAAGAAAAUCUUUCAGCUUUUUAACAGUUAAUAUAAAGGGAAAAACCAAACAGAAAAUAAAAAUAUAUGCAGUUAAAUAAAGUUAUGCAUGUCUACUUUAGGUCUGCUCCUUCACUGUCUGUUUACCUGAUUAAUAAUAUGAGAAUCGCUCUGUAUUUAAUGCAUCUUUCUAAAAUAAAACCUUUAUAAUUUUUUUCUUUUUUUUUUUCUUUAAAUUUUUUUUUUUUUUUGCACUGUCUUUGGGAAAAAAAUGUCUUUCUAAGUUAAUAAAAACCUUAGUUUGGUAUGGUCACUAACUGACAAACCAAUACACAUCUAGCAUUGUUACUGUUAUCUUAUGGGGCUAAUGUAAGCAUAUAUAAUAUAUAUUAUAAAUAUCACGUUUUAAACAGGACUUUGAAAGGCAUUUGAUGCAGAAUCUUUGCAUGAUAAUAGAAAAAUAAAACAAUUACCCUGUGUUUGUUUGUUCUGAAUGUUGGUAGAUCUUCAUAGCUUUGUUACAUUGAAACCUUGGACAGAAGGUAUUUAAUAAAAUAACAUUUAAACCAUU